GUCGGUUCAUUGCAGGUUCGAAGUUAAACAGUUUCAGUUGCCGCCUUGCUGUACGGAGCUCAUGCUGUGCUUCAGAGGCUUUGACGACUAGACUCCCAUGGCACCAUCGUUAGGUGAAGGCUUGCUGGUGCGUCGUUAUGUCCCUGGCCCCGAAGCCAGCGCCGAGGAGGCAAGCCAACAGGCGCCAAAGAAGAAGCGCAAAGUGGCCAAGAGGGUGGUGGAAGUGAAACCCAGCUUCGCACGGAUCUUCAAAGGGGGUCCACAGCGGGAAAAGUCCGACCUUCCAGUCCAAGAAGAUGAAGGCCUUCAAGAAAUCCCUGGUGAGACUGAGAACAAGACACAGGAGAGUGAUGCCGGCGUCUCGUGGCUAUCCUCUUUGGUGCAGGAGCAGCCCAAGGCUGAGGUGGACUGGCUCUCCUCUCUGAAGGCGCCCAAGGCAAAACCCAAAGAGGUUCCCAAAACCAUGCCCGAGAGACGCAAGAGGCGAGAUGUGCAGUCAGAUGGCCAAGCGCUACCAAUACCUCCUUUCUGGCGCGUUGCCACAGCAGAGGAGUUGGAAGAGCAGCUGGUGAAUUUGCGCGGCACGAUGCUACCCAGGAUUCGGCGUUUAGCCAAAGACGCUUUGCGCGCUGAACAGAAGCGCGGUGGUCAUUUGAAGCCCCGCUCUUCACGCGCCUGAUGGAGGCUGAUGUGGAAGCCGAAAGCAGAGUGGACGAAAAUGAGUUCCAAAUGGAAACCAGUGUGCCAAUGAACGAUUGUAACAUUUAGCUAUCCUAGUUGGUCAACACAUGCAGAAGCAUGCCUUUGGAAGGGAAUGGUCUGAGAAUCAUUUGCCAUUUGCAUGCUUUGCUUGAGACACAGUCUAAAACCAUUUCAGCAAGCUGUUGCAUUGGCAGGCUUUACCAGUCUUCAUAUUUGGCUUCACCUGCCAACAGAACAUUUUUUCUGUUUGCAAUGAGG